AUGGAACCAUCAAUAUCGCCUUCUUUGGGAGAUGACGCAGGCCUCGCACUGAGUCCGGCGGCGGAAAAUGAAGAGCCUGCACAGAAACGACCGCGGCGAUCCAGAAUGGCGCGUCGCCAAGGCAACAAUCAUCUUUCGGCGAGCUUGUUGCAGCGUGCGCUUGAUAUCUUCUAUGCACGACAUUACAGAAUAGAGUUUUGUUCGCUUUUCCCCGUGUCAUCGCUUGAAGUCGACACGUUGCGUCGCCGAUCAGGAUUUCCGGCUCAUGCAUUGGUCGCCCUAUCUGGACUUUAUAUGAGUCGGGAGGAAGUGGUGGGAGAAGGAUUUACGACGCCGACGGCAUUGUCGCACGCGAUAGUGUCACGAGAGUACUCUCGUCAAUCUGUCGAUGCGCCUUCAAAUAUAACGCGAGAUAUAGUCUACCUUCAUUGUGAUCAGGCUAAUAAGUUCGUUUUAGCUACUUAUGCGCAAGUAAAGGGAGAUUUUCGAGAAACCAUCCAUCACUCGAGCGGUGCGGAAGGCGGUCUCAGUCAGCUGGAGCAGAAAAUCGAUAAGUUAUAUGGCUCGCUACCUCCUACCCUGCAGUGGACCAGACAAAACAGAACAAUUUUCCGACACACGAAUCAAGAAGCGCUAUUUGUCAAUUUCCAUUUCCUGCUUUGUCAUGCGAGAUGUGUGAUGUAUCAAGAGUACAUUCCGUAUCACGCCACGACAUAUGUGGCAUCGGGCGAUCAGGGACUUCAAUAUUAUGGUGCUCUAAUUAGCCCUUAUGCUAAUGGUCCGGAUAGCAGAACAAUAUCUGUUUGCGUCUCCAGCUCGGAAGCUAUCAUCGAUAUGAUGGCCGAACUGUCUCCGCGCAAACAGCUCCGGCGGAGCCAGAGAUUUGCAAUCCUUUUUUGCGGCACAAGCAAUGUUGUCCGCUGUGAACAUUCAGUUAUGGCUCCAAUACGUCGAAAGAAAAGACGACGAGACUUGCAAAAAUGCUGCCGCGAGGGUCGCGGAAGUAACUGCCAUCUUCCGGACUGGAAAUCGCAGUGGCUAGUGGCAGCCGCAUGGAUGAGCACGCUCGCAUCACUCCGCCAGCUCUAUCAGGCCACAUACGAAACUGCGAUUUCCAGUCCGGAAGAUGCCCGCCCUAACGGUGGAGAUACAGAGGCGGAUGAAGAGGCGCCUCCUCCUCCUCCUCCUCCUCCUCCUCCUCCUCCUUCCGUCAUCGAGAGCGAGUCGCAGGAGCGCCUUUCUCCGCAUCUCACUGAAGGCUACGGACUUCCGGACUGA